UCAUGUGACUAAGACCUAUUUAUUUUUCAUAUUUUCUUCUCUAGCUUAUGGAGAUUGCUGGUUCGUUUGGAUCUUUGAAGGCUUACCACUUUGAAACCAAGGUCAGCAAUGGAUCAUGUGCUUUUCUUGAGUAUGUGGACCACUCUGUUACCAUCAAAGCUUGUGCGGGUUUGAAUGGUAUGAAGCUGGGAGGGGAAGUACUAACAGUUCUUCAGGCUAUGCCUGAUGCAUCACCCUCGGAAAAUGCUGGUGAACCACCGUCAUAUGGGAUUCCAGAGCAUGCAGAACCACUGCUCAGAAAGCCAACGCAAGUACUAGAGAUUAAUAAUGUGAUUUGGGACUAUUAAAUCAAUUAAUGUAGUCAAGCAUAGCAGUGACGAGAAUUUAGCAACCAAAUUAGAAGAAUGUGAAGUCAUAAACAAAGUGGAUGCUAAAGAUGUUUCUCAAGAGUCAAGACACAAACUGUAUUACUAAUAAUACAGAAUAUAGUUUUUCUGACAAGGCUAAUUACUCCAAAUUUAAAGGAACAAAUGGGAUGGAAAUCCAUGAUAACAAAGAAAUGGAAGAAGAUAAAGUUGAUGAGGGUAGCAGUGUUAAUGUUGAUAAAAGUGCUGAAGUUUUUGAUGAUAAAUCAUGUAGAGAACACCUUGUAGAUGAUACAGCAGUUGAAGAUGCAGAGGAUAAGAACAUACCUUGUAGUAUCAUUCAAGAAUGUCUGGGUCAACAGGAUACUCUCGAUGAUGGGCCAGAAUUUCUUGAUAUGAUGGUUGCUAACUGAUAUUGAUGUGGAUAUUGAAAAUAAUAUGGAAUCUAAAGACACAGUUUCUGCAUUUCAGGAAGGCUUUUCUGAAUGGGAUACCAGUGCAGAAUUGGUUGGUCCCCAAAAGAGCAUUGACACGGAAGAUGAUAUUUAUGGUCAUGUAUUUACACCUGGUUCUGUCCUUGUUGAGUAUGGAAGAGCUGAAGCAUGUUGUUCGGCAGCACAUUGUUUGCAUGGACGAUUCUUUGAUGGCAGAAUGGUGACGGUGGAAUAUGUUGCUCUCAGUCUAUACAGAACAAGAUUUACAACAUGACCAUUUCAAUGUAAGUAGCAACUCUUGAUGAAGCAUCAAAUUGUAUUUUUGCAUGAUUGUGGAAGAAUCGAUUAAUCAAUCUGAUUGGUUAUGCCAGCCUGCUUCCUGGACAGUUUUUUAACUUUCAGAUUUACAUGUUUAGUAUUUUAACAUUUGGAGUGGGUAAAAGCUUAACCGAGCAAUGUCGAUUUGAGGAAAAUGCAGUAUAGCAUACAUCAAGUUUGUAACUGCAGACUAUCUGAUGAUUUGUUUUGCAAAUCGGGCAUAUGAUGGAAAUUUAUUAUUUCGUACGCUUAAAUGUGGUUAGAUUUCGAGCUGGUGGUCUCAUGCUAUUUGGCAAUAUUCUGUGUACAUGGUUAUGUUGCAAUGUAAACUGAUUCUUGUAUCGUAGUUAUUUUUAGAUGUUGGUUACAGGGCCAUACUUUUCCUAGUAGUAUUUUUUUUAACAUAUAUUAAUCAUGAAUCACC